GACUGGUCACAGGAAACCAGCAGAGGACCCUGUGAAUGGCGGCUUUCAUUUCUCUUCAGAAGAAAGAAAACAGGAAUCCAACAAAUCGAAUAAAUAAUUUGGAUUCACCGCAUCCCGCAACCUGUAAUGUCUUAUUCUGGUCUAUCCGGUCUGAGUGUGGGCUGGUGGUUUAAAAGGUAUAGCCUAAUCACACUGUUACAGAAUUCUUGCUCUUCAUUGGACACCUGAAGGCAUUUAUAAAAUGGUGGGUUUCCCCCCUCCUGCAGUUGUCCCGGAAUUACUUAAGACUUUUGCCGUCUCUCCCAUCCCUGCAGAUUCCAAGCCCAUCCUAGGAAGCUUAUCUGAGAGGUUCCCCCCACUUGGAAGCAGAUAUCCAUUCAAAGCAGGCAAGGAAGGAUUCUCUUUCCGAAACCUCAAGAUAGGGGGAGGGAGGAACGACUUUGCAACUGUGGCUACCGACUUCAAAUAUGCGCCUCACCCAGGGACUGCUGACGACUUUCCAAAUUCGAAACGUUGGCUGUGUUCACUCAACCUGCGUGUGAAGCGCUUCCGACUCGGGUCUCUCCCUGUCCCGGUGUCCAGCCCGCUCUUCCCGAGGGACCGGCUCGGGUAGGAUCGAUUCGGAGCUUUUUGCGAGCAGUCCCCGUGGCCGAAGGAGCGGGUGGACGGUCUUCCGUCGCCUGAUGUUCCUGUUAUUCAAAGUCGCCAGGUGGCUGUAGCCCGAGCCCCUCCGCCGUGAAGGUUGUGGGGGAAGACUUCCGGGACGGAAGAGAUGAUGUGAGUCACCUGCCGAGCCUCCGGACGAAAGGCGGGCCGGGCUGACCGGGGGAGCAUGGCGUGGCCCCGGGUCUUCCGGAGACAGGCCCCCAGCGGGGCCCGAGGAUCGGGAUUCACACACCACCACGUCGUCGUGUUCCUGCUCACCUUCUUCAGCUAUUCCCUGCUCCAUGCCUCCAGGAAGACUUUUAGCAACGUCAAGGUCAGCAUCUCCAGCCAGUGGACUCCAAUGGUUCUCAACAGCUCCGAGGCUGAACUCUACCCUCAAGAGCUCUGGAACAGAAGCCAUCUCUUCCCCAGUGGGGAGGCAGCCACUCUCUUCCUGGGGACCCUGGAUACCAUCUUCCUCUUUUCCUAUGCCGUGGGCCUUUUCAUCAGCGGCAUAGUGGGGGAUCGGCUGAAUUUGCGCUGGGUUCUCUCCUUCGGCAUGUGCUCCUCUGCCCUGGUGGUGUUUGUGUUUGGCACCGUCACGGAGUGGCUGCGUUUCUACAACAAAUGGUUCUACUGCAGCUUGUGGGUGGGGAACGGCCUCCUGCAGUCCACCGGCUGGCCCUGCGUCGUGGCCGUCAUGGGCAACUGGUUCGGGAAGGCCGGACGCGGCGUUCUCUUUGGCCUCUGGAGCGCCUGCGCUUCGGUGGGCAAUAUUUUGGGAGCCGGCCUGGCCUCCUGGUUUCUGCAGUACGGUUACGAGUACGCCUUCCUGGUGACGGCCGCGGUGCAGUUUGUGGGCGGGAUCGUCGUCUUCUUCGGCCUUCUGACAUCCCCAAAGGAAAUCGGACUCCCAGAGGUCGAGGCAGAAGAAGUGAGCCCGGAAGAAGACUCGCACCAGCCGCUGAUCAGCAGUGCCGACGCCGAGGAGGAAUAUGAACCAAACUACUCGAUCCAAGCCGCCGACCGCAACCAGCCCCAGGCCAUAGGCUUCUGCCAGGCCUGCUGCCUUCCCGGGGUUAUACUGUACUCUCUGGCCUUCGCCUGCCUGAAGCUAGUGAAUUACUCCUUCUUCUUCUGGCUGCCCUUCUACCUGAGCAACAACUUUGGCUGGAAGGAGGUGGAAGCGGACCGGCUGUCCAUCUGGUAUGACGUCGGCGGGAUCAUCGGUGGGACGCUGCAGGGGUUCAUCUCGGACGUUCUGCAGAAGAGAGCUCCGGUGCUGGCGGUCAGCCUCCUCCUGGCCAUCGGGGCCCUCGUCGGAUACAGCCGAUCGCCGAACGAUAAAUCCAUCAACGCGCUUCUCAUGGCCGUCACAGGGUUCUUCAUCGGCGGCCCAUCCAACAUGAUCAGCUCGGCCAUCUCGGCGGACCUGGGGCGGCAGGAGCUGGUGCGCGGGAGCAGCGAGGCCUUGGCCACCGUCACGGGCAUCGUGGAUGGCACUGGCAGCAUCGGGGCGGCCGUGGGCCAGUAUCUGGUGUCUUUGAUCCAGGAGAACCUGGGAUGGAUGUGGGUGUUUUAUUUUUUCAUUUUAAUGACGAGCUCUACGAUCAUCUUCAUCUCCCCGUUAAUCGUAAGGGAGGUCAAGUCCCUCGUGCAGGCGAGACGCGCCCGAACGCUGAGCGGGUGACCGGGCCCCGCCGGAGGGGCCGUCCUUGGAGGCCGCCGGCCCCCUCCCCGCCCCGGGAGACCGACCCCGGCCGGUACCGCCACUCGCGACUUCUCCCGAGGCUGGCGCCGGCCGCCGACCCGGGAGCCGGGCUGCCCGGGACGCCCGUGGCCGCGCCGCUGGGCCGGCCGGGGGGCGGGGACGGAGUGACCCUCGUCGCCACGGGCGUCUCCCCCAGCUGCCGGAACCCCGGUGGGGCCGGCCGUGGCCAUCGCUUCCUCGGGCUUAGUUUUUAAAGUUGAGUCUCCGGAGGUGGACGGGAGGGCUGGAGGCCGAGCAGCCGUCCGUGUGGGGACAACGGGUCUUUGCCCGGGGACUUCGGGGGCGCCAGUGCGGGAUGACACCAACCGGGGAGAUUGCUGCGUGGCCGCAGCGGGGACUCCGCCGCCGCGUGAGGCCGCCCAGAGCUCCGCUCUCCGGCUACCGGCCUCCCGUUCUCCUCGGCGUGGCCCUCGGCACCGGAGCCUCCCCCCCGGGCUCCAUCCUCCGAGACCCGGGACCUUCGGUCGCCGCAGACGUGCCGGGAACGUCCCGCCCCGGCCUCCGUCUGGGCUGGGUCGUCCGGAGCCCGGCCCCAGGGAGGGAGGGAGGAGGCAAUCAACCUUUUGCAAGCCGGACAUCCCCCCGGGGCCCUUCCCUCCUUGCGGGGAGCCCGGGGCCGGGUGAGCACCCGCGAGUCUAGGGAGAUGCGGCGCGGCUAGCUGCCGGGGGGCGGCCGUGUCCAAACCAGCACUACUUGUGACCGACUGACAGACAGGGAGGCCCUAGCGGCCUGCAGUUUAGGGCGUGGAGACGGGAAAGUAAAAGCAGUUGCCUUUUUGAUCCUC